AUGGCCCCCAAACAGGCCAGGACAAUCGGUCAGAUCUCCCAAUAUGCAUGCCUUUUGACCAAGUCAACCAGUCCGAUUUCGGGCCAGAUACGCACAUUCACAUCGCCCGUCGAUGCGUCGAUUCCGGCAUCAAAGCAGAAAUUUGUUCCAUCGUCAGGAACAUAUCCAAAGGGGUUCAAAGUGUCCGGCAGCCAUGCGGGUGUUAAAGCCUCAAACACAUCCGCUCUUGACCUGGCAUUAGUAUGGUCUGAGGAGCCAUGCUCGGCCGCUGCUGUGUUUACUACAAAUAAAUUCCAAGCUGCUCCGGUUCAGGUGAGCUCGGAACUGAUUCGGAAAAAGAACGGAAACGGUAUUCGUGGGGUAAUUGUCAAUGCCGGCUGCGCGAAUGCUGUCACCGGGAAACAGGGAUUGCAAGAUGCCAGGAGCAUGAGCAGAAAGGCAGAUGAGUGUAAUGGGGUGAAAGAAGGCGAUUCAAGUACUCUUGUUAUGAGUACUGGUGUAAUCGGGCAACUAUUACCUAUUGAUAAAAUCCUCAACAAGGUCCCAGAGGCACAGUCCAGCCUUGCAUCGACACAUGCCGCAUGGCUACGGGCCGCACGCGCUAUAUGCACAACAGAUACCUUCCCAAAGCUCAUCUCUCAAAGCUUUAACCUGCCAUCCUCACCGGGCCGUACAUACAACAUCGCAGGGAUGACCAAGGGCGCAGGCAUGAUUCACCCAAAUAUGGCUACUCUUCUUGGCAUAAUAUGUACCGAUGCACCCAUUGAAGCACCGGUGUUACAAUCACUUCUCUCUCAUUCCAUCUCACGAUCAUUUAACUCCAUAUCUAUUGACGGUGAUACCAGCACCAAUGAUACGGUAGCCAUCCUUGCCAACGGCGCUGCAGGAGGAACGUCUAUCUCCUCAACGGAUUCAAAGGAUUACACCGCCAUGCAAUCGAUACUCACAGGAUUCACGCAAUCUUUAGCACAGCUCGUUGUUCGUGAUGGUGAAGGAGCUACGAAAUUCGUCACCGUUCGGGUCAAGAACUCUCCUUCCUACAAGGACGCUAAAUGCAUUGCUUCGACCAUUGCUCGUUCUCCUCUUGUCAAGACCGCGCUAUACGGCAAGGAUGCGAACUGGGGCCGUAUCCUUUGUGCAGUUGGUUAUACACCAGGUCUUGCCUCCGGCACUAUUGUGCCUGAAAAGACAAGCGUGAGCUUUAAGCCUGUUGAUGGUAGUGCUGAGCUUAAGCUACUGGUAAACGGAGAGCCUGAAUCUGUAGACGAGGAGCGCGCUUCCACGAUCUUACAGCAAGAGGAUCUAGAGAUCGUUGUGGAUCUAGGGGGUGGAGCGAGUGGAGAGGCUGGCAAGGGUGGUGAAGAAGCCGUUUAUUGGUUCUGCGAUUUCAGCCAUGAAUACGUUACUAUCAAUGGAGACUACAGAACAUAG